UUGACACUUGUACGGAGCGAUCGAUAUUUUUCUUUAUAUUCUGAGAAAUCAAGUUUUGUUAUUUUUUGUGUUUAUUAUUUUAUUUUUCCUAUUGACUUCCAUUCCUGUUUAACUUAACAAACAAUCCAAAAGAAUUCAUCAAAUAGUUUUCAAAAAUGUCAUCCAAUGACGAGAAACUUCCGGUGACGGUCGAAUUCGGAGGCGGAGCUGAACUACUGUUCGGGAAGAAAAAAAAACACCAAGUUUCGUUACCUCUAAACCAAGAGUGGACAUUGCAAAACCUUCUGUACUGGCUUCGUGAUAACCUGCUGACCGAGCGCAAAGAACUAUUUCUCCAAGGUGAUACUGUACGUGCUGGAAUUCUCGUUUUGGUCAACGACACUGAUUGGGAAUUAGUGGGUCAAGGUGACUACAAGCUUUCUCCCCGAGACACCGUCACGUUUAUCUCGACUCUCCACGGAGGAUAGGAAGAGGGAUUUUCCGAAAACAACAUGGCACCGUUGGAAGUUCAUUCAAGAUCAUAUUUUUAAAGGAAAUUCUGUUGUGACCAGCAAAAGUGUUGAAUAAAAAAAUCAUCUUCGAUUC